AUGCGGCUUGUACUGUUCCUUGUCGUCGUGACCGGCGUAGCGAAUGCGUAUAUUGAUCGGCAUGAUUAUACGCAAUGCUUCAAGAGGAUCCUGCGGGUCGGCGACGUCAUCACCGUCAGGGGAAAGAUCCUGAACGGCGCGACACGAUGGACGUGCAACAUCGCGAUGAGCGAGCUGAACAACUUAAUUAUCCACGCCGACCACCGAAUCCGUCCGACAUCCGUCGAAGGAGCGUAUGGCACUCAUGUAACUGCUCGCAUCGGAACUACGAAAUGGCUAAACGACAACUUCAAAGCGGCCAUCCCAUUUACCAGCGGGCCAUUCGAACUUGUUUUCAGCAUCGUGAGUGAGGGGAUUGUCGAAAUCGCCUACAAAAAUGCUGUUUUCAACGGGACCAGCUUCAACCGUGGCACCAACAUCCCGUUGUCAGUGGUUCGACAAAUCGAUUGCAGCGGCGACCUUGUCGACAUCACCUUCCAUGGGGACAUGAUGAGGGAUAAGGUGUUGCCCGUAGCCAACCGCGAUUGCCUGAUGUUCCCGCCAGAGCCGGCCCGACAG